CAGCAAAGAUGUGGUGACUCUCAUAGAAGAUGUGAGGGAAAUGCUCCAAGACAAAGGUAUACCCUGCAAGAACUGUGUCCUUCAGAAUGGGAGCACAAGGGAGGAGAAGGUGGAAACUGACUCACUAACAGGGAAGCCACAGCUCAUCCACUUUCCAAACCAAUUGAGAUCCCCAAAUUGGAGAGUAAGAAGGAAAGAUGGAUAAUGGAAGGAGAAGUCCCAAGAAGGACCAUUUGGGACCUGGAAACUGUUUCAGAAGGUGAAGAUUCAGUCCCAAAGCAGAGGGUUUCUAUAGAAGAAUUAUCCUGUGGAGUAAUUAUGACAAGGUUUACCAAAAGUGAACAUCAUUUCUUAGAAGGCUGGAAAAGUGAGGGUUGGUUACAUGGAACCCAGAAAAAUCAGAACAUGAGUUUGAUGCAAGAGGCUUUCAUUCAUAAAACUGUCUGUACUGAAGAGGGAGAUUCUGAAUGUAAUGAAAAUAAGAAAAACUUUAAGUCACUUAGCUCUAUUUGGGAUAUACAACAGGGAAUUCCUAUGGGAAAGGGUCCCACAAAAGAACACAAGUUUAAAACUAAUUUCAAAUUCAAUUCAGAAUCAGUGGGUAAGCAACAUUUAGAAUAUAAUGAAUGUGGAAAUGCCUUGAGUCUAAGUACACAUAUUAUUCAACCCCAAAAAAGUCACACUACAGUGAAUUUCUACAAAUGUCACCAAUGUGGAAAAGCCUUCAGCCGGACUUCAUCUCUCAUUCGACAUCAGAUCAUUCACACUGGAGAGAAACCCUAUAAAUGCAGUGAAUGUGGGAGAUCGUUCAACCGAAAUACAAACCUUAUAAAACAUAAAAAAAUUCACACUGUGGCAAAGACUUAUGAAGACAAUAAAUGUGGAAAAGCCUUGUGUAAGAGUGAAGACAGUAACAAAAACCCAAGACUCCAUUCUAGAGACAGUCCUUUUGAAUGUGUUGACUGUGGAAAAUCCUUCAACCGCAGCUCUUCCCUUAUUCGACAUCAAAUGAUUCAUACAGGAGAGAAACCAUUCAAAUGUAAGGACUGUAAGAAAACCUUCAACAGACAUUCGAACCUUAUUAAACAUCAAAAACUUCACACUAGAGAUAAAUCCUGAAGAGGAAGAAAUACUAGAUUACCUUCAGAGUGCAGAACUCAUUCAGCAUCCAUGAAUUUAUGCUAGAGGGAAUCCCGUGAAUGUAAGAAAACAUUUGUCACAGAUUAUUCUUUAAAUGAUGUAACAAUGAAUAUUGGGGAAAAAUCUGUUUGAGGAAUCUUUUCCAGAUUCCCAAAUGAAGCCACAAGGGUUUGAAAGUAAGACAAAAGACUAGUAUAGUAGCAUGUUUUUGAUUAUUUUGAUGUAACCCUCACCUUUCUCUAGUCCUUAAAUAGAAUUGUAGCAUACCUGUGUUUACCUGAUUUAUUAAUGAAGUAUCUAUUGGGGGAAGCCAAACAAUAUUGUUGAUGAUAUUUAAUAUCAAACUCUUGGUCCUUAAAAGGACAUACAUGUGCAUACACUCAUACACACACACACACACACACACAAAGAGCUUUUGAGGAUAUCCAAGGACUCAGUGGGAAAGAGCACAGUGACAGGCUGUUCCUCCACCCUUGACAAUAUCCUUGGCAACUAGAAUUGGGAGAAACUUAUCAAUUUUAAUUGGAGAUGGGUGUCAUUUUGUUCUGUUAUAUGUAGUCUUAAAAUCUACAUGUGUUUUAAAAAGUACUUUGUGAGAUCUAGGAGAAACAUCCAUAGCCUUAGGUCUGCCAUUCAUUCCAAACAUUCUGAGGUCAAUAAAGUGUCCUACUGCUCUGACUGUGCACCAGAAAUGUGUUUACUAUAAGCUACCUCAGGGUCCCAAAUGGUUUCUUGAGCCAAGAAGCAUGUCUUAAUCUACCCAAAGUGAUUGAUACUGGAGACUAUCCCAAUAAAUAAUGAUGGUAGCUUUUUGUCAGAUUUCCAGACUAGUAGAAAAGUCAAAUCUCCCUCUAUCACUCUCUUAUAAGUAUUCUUUUACAAAUAUAUUUGUAAAAUUACAUGCAGAGCCCACCCAGUUAAUCCAGAUAAUUUCCUCAUCUUAAAAU